AUGAAGCAAAAUCCCGUCUCUACCAAGAGGGCCGCCUACAGACAGAGACACAGUACAGAACAAGGCAUGUGUCCCUCGUCCCCAAGCUCCACCUCGGGGAGAUAUGCCAGCAGGGGUUGUCAGGAGCGAGGCGAGCUGGGGGUGGGGAAAACGCUGCAUUAUAGGAAACCAAAAGUGAAACUAUUUCUGCAAAGUCCUGAAAAGAGGAAACAUCUGCCGGAGCAACAGACCAUCCCGGAGCGACAGACCAUCCCGGAGCGACAGACCAUCCCGGAGCGACAGACCAUCCCGGAGCGACAGACCAUCCCGGAGCGACAGACCACCCGGAGCGACAGACCACCCCGGAGCGACAGACCAUCCCGGAGCGACAGACCAUCCCGGAGCGACAGACCAUCCCGGAGCGACAGACCAUCCCGGAGCGACAGACCAUCCCGGAGCGACAGACCAUCCCGGAAUCCCAAUCCCUCCCUCAUCCAGAUCCCAAUCCUUCUGCCUUCCAUUCCUCCUCAGUUGUCCCUUUUUAGAUUAGAGGAGCCGCCCCGACUGAGGACAGACGGCACUAGAAUGGCGGACAGAGGGACGGACUCAGAAGCUCCAGCCCUGUCUGAAGAGUCUCAGGAGGCAGCGAGACACGGGACUCCGGCAAACACAGAGCUUAGCACAAAACCUGAUAAAGUUAAAGGCAAACCUGCAAAAACGCAGCUCGGCAAAAAGCUUGAUGAGUUUGCACUCAAACCAGACAAAUGGCUUCCGCAUUUCCAGCAAGUCCUGGGAGUGGAAGACAUUCAGUCCUUGCAAUAUUUGGGUACGGAGGACUACCUCAAGAUUGCGGAGUACACAGAAUAUUCAUGGGAAAAACAAGCGCUAAAGAAGCUCUUAAAUAUAGAAGAUCCUCAGACUGCCAAGAAGAUAAAACUAGCUGAACAGGCCACAAAGAGGAAAGAAAAUCAAGAGAAAGCCAAGAAAGGAAAAGAGGAAACUAAAAAUUUGCUGAAGGAAACCAAAACUAGGAAUGAGAACAUUGCUAAAUCAGAAGCUGAGAUCUUAAAGAAGAACAAAGACAAAUCGGUAAAAUCCCCCAAGCCGCUGGAAGAAAUGAUGGAAAAAUUGCACAAGGAGCUGACCACAACAGCGGGAUCAGCUCCCAAUCAGGUCAACCUAUCGGAUGCAGAUCUUCUAUACCAGGCUUCAGGUGGCCUUGCUUUGGAAGGCAUUUACAUGACAAAGAGGCAGGAGGAUGUUCUAAUGAAACGGGAAAGACUUCUCGAUGUUCCAAGUGGGAUUGCUAUCGCUGGGCCUCUGCAGCAGCCUGUGCUUAAACAGCAAGAGUUCUCAUCCUCUGAUGAAGAAUCAAACUUCCAACAAUCAAUGGAGAAGUUGGGUUUCAGUAUUACUACUGCAGCUAAAGGUGGCUUCUGGGGAUUCCAAGCCGAGGCCAGUUUUGGCCACAGCUCAACCAGCAUGUCAAAACAAAAGAGAGAGUCCCACACGGAACAUACUUAUAUCUCUACAACAAAAUACAGCUACAUUCCACUGGCCUCCUGCUAUAUUCCCUGCGAGAAGGUCCGCCUCUGCCCAGCAGCCCUGGAAGAACUAAAAUCAACCGAGGAACUUUUAGAAAAUUGUGAUAAGGUGGAAAAACCUUCUGUGAAGGAACGAUAUAAAAAGUUCCUUAGCCGUUUCGGUUCUCAUGCUAAUCAAGGGCCACUUCAUUUUGGAGGAAUAUACUGGUGGACAGCUUCAUCCCGGGGGUUUAAACAGGAGAUGAUGGAAAAAGUUAAAAAGGAAACCACAAGCGCUUUAAAUGCUUCAGUGGAUGUAAGUUAUUCUGGUCUCUUUUCAGCAUCAGCUGAUAUCACAAAAACAGAUUCCAAACAAUCCUCUACCAAAAAUGAGACAAAAAAGUUUGAUAAGAACAUUGAACUCUCUGUCACAAAAACUGGAGGACCACCCACGGUGGACUCUCUCAAUGAAUGGAAAGCGGGACUUCAAGCCAGUAAUAAGACCUGGAGCGUGAUCGAUCGAGGUGUCCAUCUUAUUCCAGUCUGGGAUAUAAUACUGUCUGGCCACAAGGAAGAUUUUAAAGAUGUUUAUCAAGUAGCAAAAGAUCUAAAAAACACCUACGCAUCGGCGACUGGUCUACACUACAGUUUGCCAAUUGGUGAAAAUGUUUCCACUGCCGUGAAUGAAGCCAACUCAUUUUUCUCACAGCUGGAGUCUUGGCAGGGUCAUCCAACACAGCAGCAAUUAAAGAAGUUGAUUGAUUUUAGACAACAUCUCAAUGAAAAGACCGGAAACUACAAUGUCUGGUUAAAUGUUUGCCUUCCCCAUGAAGAAUUAAGAGGUUUCUUAGGAAGAGUUCUGGAAUUUUACAGUCAAACACCUAGAGAAGAUGAAUCCGUCAUUCGUUCCAUGUUGAAAUGUCUUCUUCAAAACAUUGAAUGUUCAAGUGACCAUGAAGAGUCAUACGCAGAUAUAAUUAAAUGGAUUCACCAGUCUAAGAAAGAGCAACACGUCUUGCUUGACGUCUCUGAUUUUUCAGCUUUGAUAGAACGGAUGUCCAAGGCAAAAGAAGACCUACACGUUCAUGCAACUGAUGAUGAUGAUGAGGAAACCACAACUAAACUUUCAGUUAUCAUUAAUUCUUACCUUCAAUCUUUUUUUAAAACAUUGAGACGCAUGGAACAAAAAGAAGAGGAGCUUUUGGUUGUUUGUGUUGCGAGCUGUGUGGGAUACUCAUGGCAGAAUCAAUAUUUCCAGCAGAGUCUUGGAAUGCAAGAGGUCAACUUCUUGGUUGAAAAGAUGCAGUAUUUAUUCCAGGAAUAUAAGAAUGUCAAAGACAUCAAAGCAUACAGAGGGCAGGCCUUGAUACUGGCAUCAGGACUCACACUGGGUGACGAGGGCAGUAGGCCCAGGUCUGCUGCACAAAAAAAGGAAUUUCUCAAUUUUAUGUUGGAGAACAUAAGAAAUACCCUGGAACCAGAGAUUCUGACUGUUCUACAGAAGCAUAGUGAACUUUUUGACUUGCAAUCUUUAAUUGCUGACAUGAACCAUUUGUACAUGGGAAAACCUGAAGCCAUUGUCAAUGAAACUACAGAAAGCCAAGUACAUACAUUAAAAUCUGUAAUUGUAUCAACAACUGAACCUCAAGAACAACCAACCAUUGACGGUGUAGAAAUUAAUACUUCCAAUGAAAAUGUUCAUAGACUCAUGAAAACAUUGGGCCUAGACCAAUAUUACCCUAAAGGUUUGAACAGAAGGAACUUUCAUGUAGUUCACAAAUCUCUGCAGAUUCAUCCAGAGAAGGAGACUGAGCUCCCUUGGCGGCUUAUGCAAAUGCUGAUGAGUUUAGAUUAUCGCUUUAGGUACCUGGUGUGCAGGAACACUGAUGAUGUCAGCAAAGCUGAAAAUGUAAUGAACCCUGAAGACGAGGUUAGCACCUUUGACACAGUUGAUGAGCUAUUUGAUUUCUGUUCCACAGAAGAGACACACAUGGUUCAGCCUGAGGUAAAGGUGAUUCACCCCAUGGACCUGUUGCUGGCCGUCUACUACUGUGCAGAUGACAUGAUGAGGCAAUAUAUUUUUACCAAGUUGUCCAUGUGCCAGUUUGCGCUGCCACUUAUAGUGCCAAGGCCUUAUGACUCCACGGUAGAAAUACCUCUGUGGGCUUUCAGGCAGGUCGAUAAGAGUAUUUUGGACACUGAUGUACCAGAAGUUGUGAAGCAUAAAGAAAAGCUGAUCUGCCAAAGUGAUUUUCCCGUCAUCUCUUUCACCCGGUUUGGAACAUCUUCAUUUUCAAAAUCCCAGAUUCUGAACAAUCUGCUGAGCAAGCACAAACAUGAUAUAUUCUAUCACAGGAACUGUGAAGGCAGCGUGAAGGAUCGCGUUCUGGUCGAUGGACUUACUGAGAUCUUCUGGUUUUGCCCAAGCGGGAAGGACACGGACCAGUUUAAGAAAGUCACUGCCUUUGUGAACCUCCGUGGAGAUGCCUGGAGUCAUACCAAGCAAGCUGCACUUUUACAAGAGAUUUCAUCCAUAAAUGUCAUCCUGCUCUCAAAAUCUGAUCGGCAGCCGCAAGGGAGUGAUUUGUUAAAAAAACUAAAAGAGAAACCACUGAUAAUUCUUUUGCCAGACAACGAGGCUUCGAAGAACGUACACACAGAAAGCAAACAGGUGAUAAUUGGACUAAAAAACCAAAAUGAAGCGAAAGUCUUGAAGGAGCUAACUGAAUCUCUCCGCCGUUUGUUGGCUCGGUAUUCCAAGCCUUGUAACCUUGAACUCUGCGCUGAAAUAGGUCGUCGGAAUGGGUUCCUGGUGGAUGAAGACAGCAAGGAAUGUACUGAGGGCAAAUCCCACGCUCAGAAGAUUAUGUCACUUUUGAAGCAAAAAGAUCUUCUGAAGUCCAAGGAUGAAUUGUUACCUCUUUCGGGUCAGCUCUGGCAUUCCUGGUGCAAAAAAGACAGAGAGUUGACGCGACUGCAGAACAAGAUGAAUCGAAGCAUUGAGCAACACUGUAGUGACAUUGAGAUGGAUAAAAUGUUAUUCAGGAAGAAACAGAUAGAAAAAGCAAAUCAGAAUGAAUUCAUGAAAGUCUUCAUCAAUCAGUUGCGAUCUCUUACAAAGACAACCAAACUAUUCUUCUUACAGUGGCUAAAAAUCUACAUUGAUGACUUGUGCGGUGACCGCGUGAUGGAACUACGGGACGAGUACAACAGACUGUGGAGUCAACUUCAGUCAGAGCAAACGGAGGACAAAGAUUUGAUGAACACAGUACAGGAAGACCUGGAGUCUCUCUCGGAUAAGAUGAACGCCUGUAUGUUUGGUCUUGAGCAUAUCCUUCGAGAAGUCGGACAGACAUACGAAGCUCUCUAUGACUUGCAACAUCAAGAUGACUGCUUCCAUGAGCUGCCUAAAAUUGCUGCCGACAUGAUGGUUUCUGGAUACCCCAUUGAGCUGAUGGACGGCGAUGCUUGCUAUGUGCCCUUGAAGUGGAUAAAAGCUGUCCUAGGAGAAUUAAAUAAAAUCAUAGGAGAUAAGAAGAUAUUUGUUCUAUCUGUACUUGGGGUUCAGAGUUCGGGUAAAUCAACUCUGCUCAACACCAUGUUUGGUCUGCAGUUUGCCGUCAGUGCUGGCAGAUGUACCCGGGGAGCUUUCAUGCAGCUUAUUGAAAUUGCAGACGAGCUCAGGAAAGACUUGGGCAUUGAUUAUAUCCUUGUUAUUGACACCGAAGGCCUGCGAGCCAUGGAGCUGACCAGCAAAGUAACCUUGAAUCAUGACAAUGAACUAGCAACGUUUGUUAUAGGCGUGGGCAACAUGACACUGAUCAACGUCUUCGGUGAGAAUCCUUCUGACAUCAAAGACAUUCUGCAAAUUGCUGUCCAGGCGUUCCUGAGAAUGAAACGGGUAAAGCUCUCCUCAAGCUGCCUCUUUGUUCACCAGAAUGUUGGAGACUUAACCGCUAAAGAUAAAAAUAUGGAAGGGCGUCGCAACCUUCAGAUGGAACUAGACAAAAUGACUGCUCUGGCCGCUGAACAUGAACAGUGCAACAUUCAGCGCUUCGGCGAGGUCAUCAGAUUCGAUUCAAAAAUUCACAUUUAUUAUUUUGCUCAUCUGUGGGAAGGAAACCCUCCGAUGGCUCCCCCUAACCCGCACUACAGCGAGGAUGCUCAAAAAGUCAAAGACGUCAUACUGAGUAUGCAAAAAGAUCCCCACAGCAUUCUGAACGUUUCAAAGCUCAUUGUCCGCAUAGAGGACCUUUGGUCAGCUUUGAGAAAUGAGAACUUUGUGUUUAGUUUUAAAAACACCUUGGAAAUUUCUGCCUACAGCAAGGUGGAGAACAAGUACAGAAACCUGACAUGGCAGCUGAGGCGCAGUUUUCUGGAACUCCAGACCAGAUUGAACAACAAAAUUAAGAAGGGUGAGAUUGGCUCCGUCAGCCAAAAUGCUGUGGAGAAAGAGGUGACCGACACAUUCGACUCUAUUAAAGAAGAGUUUGAAAGAUUUUUUAAUGAAGAUAAGGACAGAGAGAUACUGAUCCAGUGGAAAGCCAACACUGAAAACAGAUUAAAAAGCCUAUACACGGAGCUUGUAGAAGAAACCAAAAGGCAAGGAAUGGAACGCAUCAGCCUGAAAAAGAGUCAGAGACGAGUGGAGCAGAGGCAGACGGGGUACGAGGACGAAUUGUUUAGCAAAAGUAAACAGUUGGCGCUUGAUAUUAAAGAUGAUGGUCUAGAUGAAUCUCAACUAAGUAGCCACUUCAACCUCCUGUGGCAAGAAUGGGUCGCUGAAAUAAAUGCCACUGCCCCACAUACAGAAAAACCCCACAUAAUCGCUGACGCAGAGGAUGUCCUGUUGGGGUACUUUAGGUGCGAGCAGAGUUUUAAUGAUAAACUUAACCAGUUCAGUAGAUGGACUUCAUUCACCAUUGAUUUCUCAAAGCAUGCUACAGGCAAAAAAGGUAUGUUAUUAUUGCGCCACACACUAAAUGAAUCUGAUAAGAAACAGAUUGGGCAAAUGUUCAGUAACCUGGUUGGAGACGUUAAUGCCUAUCUGGAUCGAAAACGGAAAGAAAGGGUAGAUUAUAAUCAAAUGUACUUUCAUGAGAUAAUUAAUGAAGUAUCUGUCUCUGUUAACAACAUCAAUUCUGACGCAUCAAGGAAGUUUACACUGACCAAUUUGUUCAAGUUCGAGGUGUCCUUGCAUCUCCUUGGUUUGGCGGUGCCCAUCUUUGAAUCCAUGCAUGAGACAUUUCAGAGAGCCAACAAUCCCAUUGUAACUCUUGACAACAACCGUGAAGAGUUUUUCAACUGUUUCAGAAUCUCUUGCCAAGGCGCUGCCUCCAUCAAAACAUUUUCUGACUUCCUGUGUACGAAGAUCGUGGAAGCCAUGCUUCCAACACUGUAUGAUAGAACAGCUCUGGCAAUUGUUGACGAGAUGACGUGUAACUUUCCAGCCUUCAGUGGCAACCGCUCCAAACUGGAGAACUACAUUUUGAUGGACUUAGCUGAGCAGGAAGACUUUGAACAAUACAGGGAAUAUAUUCACUUCCCAAAGAGGUUUUUCAAAAGCUUUAUAGAGAAAUGCGUUAGUGAUUACUGUCUGGGCAACGAUCCACCGAGAAUGAAGCGUUUCCUGCAGAUCAGUCUUGAUUAUUUCCGCAAAAACGUUCUUGAAAGCAUCAUUAAAUCCACCAAAUUUAAGAAUGAAAGCGGCAACAUGUCUGACUGGCUAGACGCCUUCUACGAAAGAAUCGAGGAUCUUGUGACUUUUUCAAGAGCAGAUUUAAAGAGCAUUGAGCACCAGGAGAUCCAGGACACCCAGUUCUUUCAGGAAGUCAUGUGCAAUGCUUGGGAUACUGCCAUUGAGAAUGUUCAAAAAGGCUUGGCAACCAUCAACUUUGACUCUUUUGAGAAGAAGCCUCAUGAAAUACUUAUUGAGCAGCUCUGCGGCUGCUGGGAACAGUGCCCGUUCUGUAGAGCAAUAUGCACCAACACAAUCCCCGGCCAUGAUGGCGAUCACUCUGUGGCUUUCCAUCGUUCCCAGGCAAUUAAUGGCAUGCCGUGGGUGAAUACCGAUGAAUUCGUCACAGAGAUAUGUUCAACCCUUGUGAGCUCAGAUUCCUGCCUGGUUGUAGACAGAGGAACUCAAAUUCCUUACAAAUAUUACAGAAGGAUUGGCCCAAAUUAUGCCAACUGGAGCAUCACUCAAGACGUGUCUUCUCCGCUCUACUGGAAGUGGUAUGUGUGCAAGUUCCGUACAAACCUGCAAGAGGACUAUGGCUUGAAGUUUGAAUGUAGAGGAGCAAUUCCACCCCAGUGGGAGACUAUCACUAAAGAAGACGUGAUCGCCAGCUUGAGGGACCUUUAA